AGUCCGCUUGCGACCGCAUUGGCGGCAACGUCGGCUCCGACCAACCGUCUGAUAAGACAGUUCGGAAUAGUGAUAUUUUUUUAGUCUUGUGCUUUUACGUAUCGGAAACCGAUAGUGUUGGUAAAAUCAGUUGUUACGUAUAUGUGAUAGGUACAGACGUUCAUAUCGACAUUUUAAACUUUACUACGUUAUGUUAUCGUGACAAAUAUUAAAACCAGGACAUUACAUUUCGGGAGAAGUUAUCAUGACUUGUAACUCGUUUGGAUUUAUGUGCUGCUUAUGAUAAGCGGGAAGCUACUACCAAAACUUGUAUUACAAAAGGAUAGAUACCAAAGAAAAUGUGUGCCAAAAUGUUGUUGUAUAGUUUGUCCAUGUUCUCUGCGAUCAUAUCAUGGAUUGGAGUGGUAGCUGAGGUGGAAGUUUCUUCACCACUAAGAGUGGCACAAUGUAGAGCAACAUGUUUGCAAAAGUUUGCGAUGCCGAGACCCAGCGGGGAGUCAUCGUGCCUGCAAGGCCCUGACUGUUUUAUGUGUUGGGAGAAUUGUGAACUACUACAGUCCAACUAUGAAGUCUGGGGAGCGGUCUGCGAUGAAAAAGAUAUAUGUUUCCCCGGCUGCAAAGUCGCGUGCGAAUUUCACACGGAGGCAGCACGUGCAUCUCAAACGCAACCCGUCAUUCACACAAAAGGGGAAGGGGUCAUGAGGGUUAGCGGAGCUCUCGCAAGGUGGCCUCCUCCUGCACCACGUGCGUCCUCUCACCCUGACCCACUCGUCUACGUCGUGAUGCGUCGAGCUGCUGAAGGCCCCUGGCGACAAAUCAUACAAACACAAUCCUUAGCUACCAGGGUACCAUCAAACAACGAAGGCGCUCUCCUCAGAGUCCUUGUCGUAGACCCACAAGGCUUAGUCACAAUCUAUAGCCCUGACGAAACAUGGGAGGCCCAUGAUACCAAUUCAUCAAACCACGAUGAACAUAAGUGGACCUUGAAAGAAAUCUCGCUUAUUCAUCAAAAGGUUUUAGUUAUUGGUGAAAUUGCUUGGGAACCCAGAAUAGUGAGAGGUGUAUACCUCGUUACUUGGGAAGUUGAUGGGGGUGGCCUAAAAGGAAACCUGUUUACAGAUUCCACGCGAGUGACUUUAUCUCUGUGGCCAGAUACCAUAUAUCAUAUACAAGUAGAAUUGGUAUCUCGAACGCCAGGAGUGGAUAAUGAAAAGUCAGAGACUAUGACGAUUGACACGAGUCGAGCUCAGCGUGUUUCUACUGAGAGCGUGCAGGAUGUUCAAGUUAGUGAAGGAGAUCGUCUUAUGUCUGUUCUUGUCAGUUCCAUGCGAGGAGAAAGGGUACCAGAGAGGGCUCCUGACUCAGAACUAGUACUAGGCUGCCUGUCAGCUAUGAUCGCAUUUGGAUUGGCGGUGCUUGCAGCCGUUUUAUGGAGACGGAGACGACGAGGCACCUUUCCAGGGACCAAUGUCUACGUAGGCUCAUCCUCAGUGCUCAAACGAAAGUUAGUUGAGGAUUUCGCGCCAGCUACACAUUGCUUCCAGCCAGUCCUUGCUCCGGAAGUGCCAAAUAGCGAAACUGUCCCACGGGACGUUGUCGUGUGACGUCACAGUUACGACAUGCUGUCAGUGGAAGACCGCGCAUACAGUUCCUAAAUUGUCGGACUAUAUUAUCGUGAUUUAAACGCUAUUUCCAUGGUGAAAUAUUCACGUGUGAUAAAAUUAAAGUUCGAACAAUUCAAAGUGUGUAGUAACAAGAGGUUAUGAUUUCUCAUAACGAACGUUACGUGUUAUGUUUUUAUUAAAAUAAACUUUUUGAACUCACUGUGAAUGUAAAUGCUACUGUACACCUAAUGUGAAUUUUUUGUAUGUAGAGUUAGGGAGAUGUAAAUUGAGAAAUGUUCUAAUGUAUUUAUGAAAAACAGUAAGGUUAACACCAGAAAAUUUAGUGAUGUACAUAAUAUUUGUGUUAAGAACAGAAUAGUGAAAAUAAUUUUCUAAAUUUAAAAAGCGGUUUAUACAGCUUGUACAUAACGGUUUAUGAUAAUAUGUGUACUACCAUUAAGUUGUAACACGUGAAAUUAUGAACUAUUCUUUUCAUUUCUAAAUGAAGAUUUUUCUAUGGAACCAUGUUUUGUAGAACUAUAUGUAUAUUCAUUACUAGAACUAUUUUUACAACUAGUCCAUACUACUGUUUAGUUAAAAUUAUAGCUGUUAGAUAUAUUUUACUAUUGAUAGUUUUGACAUGGAACUUAUUCACUGUAGUAAACUUUACGAUAUCUUCAGCAAUAAAACUUAAAUGUAUGUAUUUGUAAAUAUUUGAAGCGUUUAUUGUAUAAAUGAAAAUAACAGAGAAAUUAUAUUUUUCUUGGCCGCCAACAUACAUUCUUUUAUAUGUUACGAGUGAUUGAGUGUAAUUAUAU